UGUGUCAGCCAUCGUUCCCAGUCUGACCUGGCAGCCAUGCCGAAGUCUGGUUUACUUCGGUGUGAGAAAGGGAAAGAGGAAGUCUGUCCCAUCAGUGCCUGAAAGGUUCAUGCGGCUUCACUGCGGCCUUUGGAUCAGACGCAGGGCUGGAUACAGGAAAAAACUCUGGAAGAAGCACCCUGACAGAAUAAAUCGUCUGAGGCAGAUUGUCUUUUGCAACAAAACACAGUGUAAACUGUUGGAUAAAAUGACAUCUGCUUACUGGAGAAGGAGAAACUGGUAUGUUGAUGAUCCGUAUCUGAAGUACCACGAUCGGGUCAAUCUGAAAUUAUGAUGUGCUCAUUUGUGUAACAGCUUCUGCUCGAAUAAAGUACACAAUGUGCACAAAAUAAAAUCUUAUGAUAGAACAA